ACUGUGAGAAUGAGCAUAUCGGUGGCAUGUGUGACACACUUUCUGAUAAUCUGAGGGAUAGCCAGGCUGGCAAAUCGCCAAGCCGUCCCAGGCUCAAAAACUAACUAGGCCUCAUCCAAAUGUAGGUUACGUCAAACUUGUAGGGAAGCAGGUAGGAGCUGGAGAAGACACUGAGAUUUUAGGACAGAUUUCACGCUGGAUUUGUAAACCUGGACAUUGGCUAUGGAGUUUAGGAAUGUGAUGAGGAUGAUGUGAGGUGGACAAGCUGCCUCAGCAUCUUCCUUGUUGGGACUAUGUAAUGCAGGAUGCUCGAAGGCUGAGGUUGGAGGGGGAGGGAGGAGGAGGACCAGGCUGUUUCAGGUGGCUGUUGUUUCCUUCUCCUGUCACAGACUUUUAAAUGAUUUUAUUUGAUUCCUGUCCAAGUCAACGAGAGAUGGCUUGUGAAAAAAUUUGUGACAGAAGACAACAACGGGCUGAAGACAGCGGUAUGCGGGAAGAGUGGAUUUGGUUGGAGCUUCGUGACAGAUCUUUUUAUCAAACAGCUGAGACCUACUGAAAUGAAGAUGGCCUUCAGUACGUCUGCUUCCUGUGGGAUAUACGAGGGUAUGCUGCUUGGACUUGGAAACCCUCUUCUGGACAUCUCCAUCCAGGGAGACAAGGCAUUCCUCGACAAGUACGACCUCCUUCCAAACAACGCCAUCAUUGCCGAGGACAAGCACCACAACAUGUUCGUUGAGAUGACUGAAAAGUACAACCCGAGCUACUUAGCAGGAGGGGCUACACAGAACAGCAUCCGGGUUGCUCAAUGGCUGUUGGAGAAACCAGACGCAACCACAUUUUUCGGAGGGGUUGGUGCCGAUCAGUUCUGCAAGGUCCAGGAGGAGAAAGCGAGGGAGGUGGGAGUCCAUGUCUGUUACCAAGUCCACCGGAAAAAGACAGGUGUGUGUGGAGCCAUCAUCACUGGAGAAAAUCGGUCUUUAGUCACAGAGCUUGGGGCAGCAGAAAUGUUUUCGCUUGAUUAUUUAGAACAACCUGAAAAUUGGAAAUUUGUUGAAAAGGCUCAGUUUUUCUACAUAGGUGGAUUCCUGUUACCAGUGAGUCCAGCUUCUAUUCUGAAGGUUCUGAAGCAUGCUGCCGACAAGAAGAAAACCGUCAUCAUGAAUCUACAUGCCACAUUUCUGUGCAAAUAUUUCACUGAUGCCAGCCUGGAUGUUAUGCCAUAUGUGGAUGUCCUCUUUGGAAAUGGUGAUGAAGCUGCUGAAUUCUCCAAACAUGCAGGAUUUGAGACAUCAAACGUUGAAGAAAUAGCAUCCAGGACUGCAGCUCUGCCAAAGAUCAAUAUGUCACGACGUCGCACAGUGGUCUACACUCAAGGAAGGGACCCAACCUAUCUUGCUCACGAUGGGAAGGUCUUGGUGUAUCCAGUCGAGCCAGUAGAUCCAAGUGUCAUCAAGGACACAAAUGGAUGUGGAGAUUCGUUUGUUGGGGGCUUCUUGUCUCAACUUGUCCAGGGUAAAUCUGUUGAUGAGUGUGUCCGAUGCGGGUCCUACGCAGCCAAAGUUGUCAUUCAGCAUUAUGGGUGCACCUUUCCUCCCAAGCCUGACUUCAAGUGAAGAGUCCUAUGUGCCAGUUUACCUGUUCUCCACCAAGUUCAUAUACAACCAAGUUCCUCUGCCAGACAUUUGUCAAAGAAAAUAAUGAUCAUUUAAAAAAAUUUCAAGAAAGAUAAUUUUCAUCAAAUAUCAAAUCUGGUGACAAAACAGACAUUUUGGGGAGUAAUUGUUUCAAAAACAGAAAUGAUGCACAUCUAGAUUUAAUUCAUUAUAUGAGCCAUAUUCUCUGAUUGAAAUAUUAGUGAUAUUUCAUGUUUGAACUAGGUCAGAUCUCAGUGAAUCUCAGUGUUUUUUCCAGUUCCACCUGUGUGAUAUAUUUCUGAUAGUCUUUUUAUUGGUAAUUCACCAAUUACUUCUUAUACAUUGAUACAUGUGGGAUUACAUUUAAUUUACAAUGAACAAUUUGUCAUGACAAUCUGUUUAUACAUCAUCCUUUGAGAGGAGCCCCUUUUUAUAAGGAGAGAAGAUCAAGUUUUGUACCAACUGAACAUCAGGUUUCAUCAUGUUGGCUAGACGCCAUUUUGACAUAGUCUAAGUGAUAAUGCAUGGACAAUUAUUCUAAAAUAGACGAUGUCAUCUUUACAAACUACUCACCUUCCCUGGAUCACAGUGAUAUUAGUUUUACAUAGCCAGAGGCCCAGAUACGCUGCGUAUCCGGGUAAAAUACGCUUAGAAAAUUUCCAAUUACGCAUUGAAAAAUAAUUGUUGCAUACCAAU